AUGAGGCUUGAAGGGGAGAUAACUUCAGAAAAAGAAAAAUCAAAACUGAAAAUUUCACAACAUUCUACUAAAGAAGAAAAAGAGAAGGAGCUCUUUAUCAAAAAAUGUCUUCAACGAAUUCGGGAUCCCCAAAAUACAUGUGACCAAAGAAGUUUUGAAUAUGAUGAUUGUUUAAAGAAGUUUUUGGAUACUUUUACCAUAAUUGUUUCAGAGAAAAAUGUACAAGAUUCAAAUGUCAUUCCUAAAAGAGAAACAAAGAGUAUAUCUGAGAUUGAAAGGGAAGAUCUUCUCAAAUCACCAUUCAAAGCUUCACCAAGCCUUUUAGCAAAAAUCAGGAUGAAAAAUCUAAUGAGCACAAUGGAUGAGGCUUCUGCUGUAAGAAUUCACAAUCCACAGAAAUGUAAAAUAUGCAGUACUCAAGAUAAAAAAAUAGAUGCAUCUCUUGCCCGUGAAAGGUUUAUAAAAUGCAAAGUGAAUGACUUGACCAGGAAAAAGGUAGAAAUCAAAAUUGAAGACCAUCUGAUUGAAAUGGCUUCCCUCUGUUUGUAG